UUUGUCAUAUGAUAUCUUCUUCAUUUCUCAUUUCAACUUGUUAUCAACUUAACUUCUGUCUUUAGUUAUAAUAAAAUCUCUGAUUUUUCCCUAUGUUUCUAACUUUCUUCAGGUUUCAGUUGCCUUGAAGCUCAAGCAUUUUCCCGUGUAAAGAUAAAUAAAAGACCCAGUUUUGCAGUUGUACCAAUCCAAUCAAAUAUGUUGAAUUUCUGUGGUUCAUUUAUCCGGGUUUUGUUUUCCUUUGUCUCUUGGUUAUUUGGAGGACUGAAAGGUGCAGAGGAAAAACCUAAGACUGACAACAAUGCUCCUCAGAUAAAGCAUGAUGUUUUUGUUAGCUUCAGUGGCAAGGAUGUCCAUCGCGGCUUUCUUAGCCAUUUGACUGAAGCUUUUCGAAGGAGAAACAUAGAUGCCUUUGUAGCUGAUAAGAAUCUAGAGAAGGGAGAAGAAAUAUGGCCAUCACUUGUUGAAGCAAUUGAAGGAUCAUCCAUUUCAUUGGUCAUAUUCUCACAAAACUAUGCUUCUUCUGAUUGGUGUUUAGAAGAACUCGUGACAAUACUUGAAUGUAGAGAGAAAUAUGGAACUAGUGUUUUACCUGUUUUCUACUAUGUAGAACCCACAUAUGUACGACAUCAAUCCGAGGUGCAACGCUGGAGACAUGCUUUGAAUUUGGCUUCUCGUUUAGCAGGAAUUAACUCAUCAAAAUUUUCGGGUGAUGCUGAACUAGUUAAGGAAAUUGUCAAUGAAGUGCUCAAGAGGAUUGUUAAACAGUCAAUUAACACAAAAGGGCUCGUUGGAAUUGAUGAAAAAAUUGCAGCUAUAGAAUCACUGAUAAGAGAGGAGCCAAAGCAAACCAGACUUAUUGGAAUUUGGGGUAUGGGAGGUGUUGGCAAGACAACUCUUGCAGAAGAAGUAUUUAAUAAACUACAAUCUGAAUAUGAAGGUUCCUAUUUUGUAGCCAGUGAAACAGAUCGAUCAAACAAACACGAGCUAAUUUCCUUGAAGGAAAAUAUGUUUUCUAAGCUAUUAGGAUAUGAUGUCAAAAUCGAUACACCAAAUUCAUUGCCCAAAGGUAUUGUCAGGAGAAUUGGUUGUAUGAAGGUUCUUAUUGUUCUUGAUGGUGUGAAUGAGUCCGAACAGCUGGAAAAACUGCUGGGAACUCUCGAUAAUUUUGGAUCAGGUAGUAGAAUAAUUGUAACAAGUAGAGAUGAACAAGUGCUGAGGGCUAACAAAGCAGAUAAGAUAUACCAGCUUAAAGAAUUCAAUUUUGACAAAGCCCUUGAACUUUUCUAUUUGAAUGCCUUUAAAAAAAAUGAUCAUGUGCAGGAAUACAAAGAGCUUCCUAAAAGGGUGGUUGAUUAUGCCCAAGGCAUUCCAUUGGUUGUGAAAGUUUUGGCUGGUCUUCUUCAUGGAAAAAAUAAGGAAGAAUGGGAAAGUAUGUUGGGAAAGCUUAAGAAAAUGCCUCCUAAAGAAGUUUAUGAAGUAAUGAAACUGAGUUAUGAUAGUCUAGAUCGCAAAGGGAAACAGAUAUUUCUUGAUCUUGCAUGUUUCUUUCUCAGAACUCAUGUAGCUGUAAAUGUGGAUUAUCUGAAGUCUUUAUUGAAAGAUGAUGACAGUGAUAAUUCUGUCGCUUUUGAGUUGGGAAGGUUGAAAGACAAAGCUCUCAUAACUAUAUCUGAUGAUAAUACUGUAUCUAUACAUGAUAGUUUACAAGAAAUGGCNUGGGAGAUUGUUCGUCAAGAGUCUGUUGAACAACCUGGAAAUCGCAGUCGGUUGUGGGAACUAAAUGACAUUUGUGAAGCAUUGAAAAACAACAAGGUUAAAGAGGCUAUUAGAAGUAUAAGAAUUCACUUGCCAACAAUUAAGGAGCAAAAGUUAGUGCCUCAAAUUCUGGACAUUAAUAUGAGCAAACUAAAAUUUCUGGAAGUUUUUGUAUGUGAUCGCUAUGAUGAACUUACUCUUCUUAAAGGGCCACAAUUUUUGGCAACUGAGCUAAGAUUUCUUUCUUGGUAUCAAUACCCUCUGAAAUCCUUGCCAGAGAAUUUUUCUGCAGAGAAACUUGUAAUAUUGAAGUUGAGAAAUGGCAGAAUGGAAAAACUUUGGGAUGGAGUGAAGAAUAUGGUGAAUUUAAAACAAGUUGACCUCAGUCGAUCCCAAAAUUUAAAGAAGCUACCAGAUCUAUCAAAAGCCACAAAUCUAGAAGUCCUUCUUCUUAUGAGUUGUUCUUCGUUGACUAGUGUUCAUCCAUCUAUUUUCUCUCUGCCCAAACUUGUGAAAUUGGACCUUCUUUGUUGCACAUCUCUCACCACACUCGGUAGCAGUUCCUCUUUAUGCAACCUCAGUUUUCUCAACCUUGGUAGGUGUACCAAUCUUAGGAAAUUCUUGCUGAUAUCAGAGAAUAUAAAAAAGCUUAGAUUAGGGAACACCAUGGUGAAAGAAUUGCCUUCAUCCAUCAGCUAUUUUAAUCAACUGCUACACCUUGACAUAAGCUUUUGCAGCAAGCUUCGAACUAUUCCAAAGCUUCCCCUAUCACUUGAAACUCUGAAUGCUAGAGAAUGCCAAUCUUUGAAGACUAUAUUGUUUCCUUCACAGGCUGUUGAACAAUUAAAGGAGAACAGGAAAUGGAUUUCAUUCUGGAAAUGCAUGAACUUGGAUAAUCAGACUCUGGUGGCUAUUGGGUUGAAUGUUCAAAUCAAUGUGAUGAAUUAUGCAAACCAGCACAUAUCCAUACCAAGUCACAAUCAUGUUGAACAUUGUGAUGAUGAUAAUUGUGAUUCUUAUUCAGGUGUUUACGUGUAUCCAGGAAGUAGAGUUCCAAAGUGGUUGGAGUAUAAGACAAGAAAGGAUUCUAUAAUUCUUGAUCUCUCUUCUGCACCUCCUUCCCCUCUCAUUGGCUUCAUUUUCUGCUUUGUUCUUGGUAAGUACCAUAACACAGAUGUUGAUAGAUUUGAAGUGAUGAUCACUAUUGAUGGCGAGGACGAAGGUAACAGUAUCAGUGUUCCGAUUUACAUAGAUUAUGGCUAUGAGAAAACUGAAUCAGAUCACGUUUGUGUGAUGUAUGAACAAAGAUGUUCUACCUUCUUAAACAACAGAGCCAAAAACCAAACAAGGUUUAAAAUCCAGGUUACAGUGGAAGAAGCACUGUCACACAAGUUUUUGAAAGGAUUUGGCGUUAGCCUUAUAAGCAGCUCAACAUAUAAAAAUUUCAUUCAGGAAAUGCAAUUGCGAGACUCACAGUAUCAAUUUCAGAAAAAACCUAUGUCAAACAACAACUCACCUCAAAUAAAGUAUGAUGUUUUUGUUAGCUUCAGGGGUGAAGAUAUCCGCGAUGGGUUCCUUAGCCAUUUGACUGAGGCUUUUGAUGUGAAGAAAAUAAAUGCCUUCGUAGAUGAUAAGCUUGAGAAGGGGGAAGAACUAUGGCCAUCACUCGUCCAAGCAAUUCAAGGAUCAUCCAUUUCUUUGAUCAUAUUCUCACCAGACUAUGCUUCUUCUCCUUGGUGUUUGAAAGAACUUGUGACCAUACUUCAAUGCAAAGAGAAAUACGGGCAAACUAUCAUCCCUGUUUUCUACCAUGUAAAACCUACAGAUGUACGGCGUCAAUCAUCUGAUGGUUACAGAAAAGCAUUCGCUGACCAUGAGAGAAAACAUAAGCAUGAGGUUCAACUCUGGAAAGAUGUCUUCGAAAAGUCUGCUUAUUUAUCUGGAAUUGAGUCAUCAAAAUUUCGAAAUGAUGCUGACCUGCUAAAAGCAAUAGUGGAUCUUGUGCUGAGGAGGUUGACGAAAUCCCAUAAACAGAUUUUUCUUGAUCUUGCAUGUUUUCUUUGCAUAUCAUCUGUGAAGAUAACCACGGGCUAUCUAAAAUAUUUACUGAAAGAAGAUGAAAGAGAUAAUUCAGUGGUUGUUGCACUAGAAAGACUUAAAGAUAAAGCUCUUAUAACGUUUUCCAAAGAUAAUGUUGUAUGUAUGCAUGACAGUAUAAAAGAAAUGGCUUGGGAGAUUGUUCGACAAGAGUCUCCUGAAGACCCUGGAAACCGCAGCCGGUUGUGGGAUCCUGAUGACAUUUAUGAAGCUUUUAAAAAUGACAAGGUUAGUGAAGCCACUAGAAGCAUACAGAUUAACUUGUUAACACUGAAGGGGCAAAAGUUAAAGCCUCACAUUGCUAAGAUGAGCAGACUAAGAUUCGUGGAAAUACAUGGGGAAGAAGAUAACAAUGCUUACUACGGUCGAUUUGGUGCUGAAGGGCAAGGGCUUAAAUUUUCGGCAACUGAAAUUAGAUUUCUUUUUUGGAAAUGUUACGCUCUAAAAUCCUUGCCAGACAAAUUUUCUUUUGAAAAGGUUGUGAUAUUGAAAUUGGAAUUGGGUAGAACGGAAAAACUUUGGGAUGGAGUGAAGAAUCUGGUGAGUUUAAAAGAACUUGACCUCACAGGCUCACGUAGCUUGAAAAAGCUGCCAGAUUUAUCAAAAGCCAAAAAUAUUGAAGUACUGUGCCUCGGGAGUUGUUCCGGAUUAACCAGGUUACCUUCAUCCUUAGGCAACCAUACACAAUUGCUAUAUCUAGACAUAAGCCAUUGCCCGAAAAUUUUAACAAUACCAGAGCUUCCUCUUUCCCUAGAAACUCUAUAUGCUAUAAACUGCGAAUCAUUGAAGACUGUAUCCUUCCAUUCUACGGCAGUUGAACAAACAAAGGAAAACAGAAAGCAGGUUUCGUUCGACAAUUGCAUGAACUUGGAUGAACCUUCUCUAGAGGCUAUUGGGUUGAAUGCACGAUUCAACUUUAUGAAAUUUUCAAACCAACACCAAUCUGCGGCAAAGCAAGAUUAUUUUCAAAAUUACAACGAUUAUGACAAGAAUUAUGAUUCUUAUCAAGCCUUUUACGUGUAUCCAGGAAACAGUGUUCCAGAAUGGUUGGAGUACAAGUCAAAAAAAUAUUCUGUAAUUAUAGAUCUCUCUUCUGCUCCUCCUUCCCCUGUAUAUGGCUUCAUUUUGUGCUUCGUACUCCUUGGAGAACUUGAUAAGAUUAGAGUUAACAUCGUUAUAAGUGAUUGUGAGGGUAAAGGUGUUAUGGACAGAUUUAGAAUGAAACUAAAUCGUAAGUUUCGGAAUAGUUUUGUGCAUGAGAGCUCUGUUGAAUCGCAGAAAGUGGUUGUGAUGUACGACCAAAGAUGUUCCAACUUCCUAAACAACAUAGCUAAGAGACUCACAAGGUUUAAAAUCAUGGUUAGAAGGGCGACUAAAGACGAUGGCAGCUUUUAUAGUAAGAGGAUUAUGAUUGGAUUAAGUGGAUUCGGGGUGAGCAUAAUAAGAACAUCGACAUAUAGCAGUUUCAUGCAACAAAUGGAAUUGUGUGACUCAAUGUACCACAUACGUUGAACAACUGCAAUAAGUUGUAUUUCAUUCUUCUCAAUCUCAGCUGAAAACUCCAACUAAUGAAGGCGGUGUACCUUCCCCUGCUUGUCAGACUGCAGAGACCAUUGGCUAUAUAUCUUGCAGGUGCAAGUGCAAGUGCAGAGAAUACACGAAGUCAAUUUUACUUCUCUUUUGUAUAAUUUUGUUAUUAGUAUAUUAUGAGACUUGUGUAUGUAUGUUGUGUUAGUAAUGGUUGUAGUUACUUAUCUGUUACAACUAAAUAUUCAUGUUAAUUGCAUUUUUAUAUGUACUUUUCUCCUUUAAGAUGAACAUUAGAUGGAGAUGGUGUUAUUGCUACAGAAACAAAUUCAUGACCAUUUGGAUAUAAGAUCCUAUACGUAUAAGAAAAACA